UCUCUCUAGCUUGCUCUUAUUCUUAUUAGUAAAAAGUAUUAAAAAAACUAACUUUGUUACUAAGUUUUUUUCUUUCUUAACAUGGAAACUUUAUUUAAGGAGAUAAACUCCAAAGCUAAUAAAGCAAGGACGAAUGUGGACAAUUUUUAUACAGCUUACAUGAAAGCCACUAACUCGGAUUUGGCAGAUGAAGCAUUCUUAACCGUUACUAAUCCGAUCAUCUCACAUAUGGGGAAUAUCAUCAAUACAACAAAACACAUUGCAUAUUGCUUACAAGUUCUACGGAACACAAAUUCAGACCUAAAUUUUCUUCAAAAUCUUAAUGCGAUCGACAAGAUGGCGGUUGAUGUUUGGGGAAAAUCAAAAGUUGCGUUGGAUGUAAUGCGGAAAGCGAUUGUUGAUGCAAAGGAAAGAAAAAAAGCAAGAGAUGAAGCGCAAAAACUAGCAAGAGAUGAAGAAGUAAGGAAGAUAGCAAGGAACGAACCAAGAGAGAGCAAUUUACACUACUAUCGUUAUCGUAGUUAAGUUAAUAUGCAUACGAGUAUUUAGCAAAGCAAAGCAAA